GGUCUCAAGUACCUAGAUUUGGUCGUCGGCGACGGUCCGACGCCGCGGUAUGGACAACUCCUCUCCAUUGCCUACACGGCCUACGGCAAACUACCCGCGGCGGCCCGGAACAAUCAACCCCAACAGUUCGAUCGAGACGACGGUUACGUCGUCAAACACGGCAACGGGCGAAUCAUUCCUGGUCUGGACGAAGGAUUGCACGGGAUGCGGGUUGGUGGGACCCGGCGUAUACUCGUGCCACCCAAACUCGGCUACGUCGAUUCUGGACUCGGACCCAUGCCGGCGUUGCCG